AUGUCCAAAUGUUUGAAGCGCAGCAAGCAGCAUGGUGAGACUACUCCCUUCUUGGCCUCUGAAUCAGGCAUUGCCUCCUACGGCAGUCAAUCCACGUCUAAUCAAUCCAACAAUGGUGAGAGUGACGAGCAUUCAAACGAUGAUUCGAAUGAUGAGGACGAUAGUACAGACUCUAAACCCCGUCAGCGCCGUAAGAGCGAACAUUGGAUGUCUAACCUCAGGGAAUUCAAGAUCAUUCUACCUCACCUUGAUCCCAAUGCCCUAGUGGAUAUGCUGCUUUCUCCGACAUUAAUUUUGUCUACAUGUCUUGUCGCUCAUAAAGUGACUUAA